AUGACCGAGUAUUUUGGAAAAAUUACAGAGGAUAGCGUUCGGUCGAAUUUUGUGCUCAUCUAUGAGCUUCUUGAUGAGCUCAUCGAUUUUGGCUACCCUCAAAUGACUGAUGCUGCAGCGUUGAAGACGUACAUAACACAAGCCGGAGUUCGUGGUGUGACAAGAGAAGAACAACAGCAGAUCACUAGUCAGGUGACCGGGCAGAUCAGCUGGCGACGUGAAGGUAUAAAAUAUCGUCGAAAUGAACUUUUUAUCGAUGUUGUGGAGUGCGUCAAUCUUUUAAUGAACCAACAAGGUCAGUGCAAUAAGCUCAAUAUUAUAAUUGGAACGGAUACUUUGAAGUAA